AAAUAAUGUUUUGCUGAGAUGGCCAGUCAAUUCUAGAUAACAUUAAUUAUUUUGUAUAUAAAGAUGGCAUUUUGAGUUACAAUUACGCAAUAACACCAUCACGCAAAGUAAUUUGUAAAUAAGAACCUAUUUAUUGUGCAUCGGGAUGUAAUGUUUUAAUAGCCUAUAAUAUAAUACACUGCGGCUUAUAGAAUAGAGACACAGCAACAUUUAGCAACUUUUUAAGCAGGCUUUAGCUACCUUUUAUUGAAAAUAGUUGGCAACACUGUUUAGGAUGGUUAACAAUUCUGAUCUCAACUGUAUAUAGGCCUACAAUCACUCUGCCAAAAACGAAUUGAGCCUUUGAUGUUCGUCCCCAUCUGGCCACAUUCAACAAGAGUAACGUGCGCGUCAUGUUUCUGAUAACACCCUUUCAAAUUUGCUUGUAUAUAUAUCUUUUAAUUGGCGGUCUGGCUGAUGGCUGACUGCAAACAGGCCUUUAUCUGUUUUUAGCUGCUUUGCAUCAUCAGUGGACUGUAAACCCUACGUUUGGACAUCGCUGGCAUGGCGGGAAUCAGUGCAGACAAGUCCUCUGUCAAAGCGCUCGUUAAACACAAGUCACCGCGAAGAACCGCGCAGAUACUUAACUUUCAAUCUGUCCGUUCGGGAUUUAGAGUCACGGCCGAACAGCUGGUGUCUGAAUGUGGCUUUUCAGACUGAUCUGGAAACGGUUACGCUGUGAACGGCAAUAAUGUUAACAGUUACCGUGAACUGUACUCAGACCGGUGUGAGGGCUCGGCGGUGUCGUGUGCGCUGUGGUUGUGAAUUCACUGAUUAGAUGGAUGUAGAUGUCAGCGCUGAGACCUUGGAGUUAAGAUAUCAGAUAUUAUCAUUCUCAUACCAGGCGUGUUAUUCUGCCUGUGUUUUCCUCUCAGAGUUGAAAGAUGCAGAGGAUCCGCUUCCAUCAUUCCCCGACCUUGAGCAGCGCCUGCAGCCAGUGCUACCGUGUCGCUCUUUGAAGGAGUCUAUAGAAGUGUAUAAAGACCACUGCAAGAUGGCCAAUGAGUUCAACCAAGUCAAACAUGAAAUCGCCAGGCUGGAAGACAGAAAAAAAGAGCUCAUGGCGGAGCUGCUAGAGGAUGAAAAGGCAUCAAUGGAGUUUGCACGAUAUGAAGAGGAAUAUCGGAUACUCACAGAAGAGAACCAGAACUUGAUAACGGUGCACAGUGAACGAGCGCAGCAGCUCGAGACGCUCCGAGUGAUCAGUCAGAAGAGGCAGGGCUCCUCGUGACUCUUGACAUUGAUGAAAAGAUCUGUCACCUCAUGGCUUUUCUUCAGUGUACUGAAACAACAACAAAACUGAUCUUGAAUCAGUGCGCUUCAACUGAAACACUUAAUAAAUGUAUAUUUAAGCUAACGUGGGUCGUUUCAGAGCCCAACUUGAUCUGAGGUGUCGCCUCAGUCUGAUAUACAGUAUUGGUAUUCUGAAUACAGUAUAUACAGCUUGUUCUUUGUGUGUGUUUAAAGGGUGUGUUUGUUGACAAAUGUGCUUGUACAGAUGGAGCUGUGUCUGUGUUAUAUCAUGUAAAAUGCUCUGCUGUGAAGGAGCGGUCCUCAGCGAGAGAUAUUACUGUCUGUCAGUUGCAUUAAAAAGGAAUUAAACCUC